AUGGAAACGCAAGCAGAGAGCACUUCCAGCGACGACAUAUCCGCCAUUAAAGAGAUGCGCCAACAGCUCGAAGCUCGCAUCGAAACUCGUCACAAAGAACAACAAGAUCUCAUUGCUUCACUCCAAACCCUAGUUCCUGACCUCGUUUCUUCUCUCAAUCUCUCUCUUCAAGUAAUCUCCACCUUCAAUCAUCGCCCUUUCACCCCUCUCUCUCCUCCCCCAAACCCUAACCCCACAACUCCUCGCCCCCUUCACCUCAAAAAACACCCUCUUGAUAAUCGGGCCAAACCGCCGCCUAAACGGGUCCUGAAAUCGGACCCUCCAGCUCGCCGGGAAGAUGAUGCUUCUGGAAGUCCGUUGUCGGUGGUUCGUUCGAUGGUUGCGCGGUGUUUGUUGGAGAGGAAGCCGUGGGAUGCGAUUGACUCGUCGACGGUGCUUCGGAAGUUGGAGAAUUGUCCGAAAGUGACGACGGUGGAGAAGGCGGCGUUGCGCGAUGUUGGUGGUGAGUCGGGUGCGAUUUGCGCGGUUGAGGUUGCGUUGAGGUCAAUGGCGGAGGAUAAUAGAGGUGUUGAAUUGGAUGAAUUUGGGGUAAGUGGGAAAUCUGGGGUUAUGGUUAUGAAUAUUGAUAGUGUUAGGCUUGCUAGAGAGUUGCCUGAGGGUGAUGACAUUGUUGAAGCUAAUAAAGUUGUGGUUAGUGAUGGUCCUGGUGAGGGCGGCGAGGAGGGUGCGGCGAUGUUUAGGGGAAUGCCGAGGUCUGGGAUGCCGGAAAUGUGGCCGGGUGAUCCUCAUAUGCAGGGUAUGCCGCCGAUGUUUCCGGGGCAGAUGAUGGGUCAUAGAGGUGGUGGUGGUCCUAGGGGGAUGGGAAUGAUGGGGAUGCAUAGAGGGAUGGGUGUGCCACCCCAGCAUAGGCCGCCUUUUGGGCCGAAUGCACCGAUGGGCGGGGGUAAUAUCGGCGUGCCUGUCAAGCAGGUUUCGGAGGAGGAAGUAAUGAAGGAUCUUGAAGCAUUAUUGAAUAAGAAGUCUUUUAAGGAAAUGCAGAAGUCUAAGACUGGAGAGGAGCUCUUAGACCUCAUUCACCGCCCUACUGCUAAAGAAACCGCCGUGGCUGCCAAGUUUAAGACAAAAGGUGGGCCUCAACUUAAGGAGUACUGUGCAUCUUUGACAAAAGAGGACUGUCGACAAAAAUCUGGAUCGUACAUUGCAUGUGAAAAGGUUCAUUUUAGGCGAAUAAUUGCUCCACACACAGAUAUCAAUUUGGGAGAUUGCUCUUUCCUUGAUACAUGCCGACACAUGAAGACGUGCAAAUAUGUUCACUAUGAGCUCGACCCAACUCCAGAUGUGUCACCAAUGAUGAUGGGGACUGCAGCUCUUCCUCCAUCCAAGCCAUUAAAGGCUCAGCGAGCACAUUAUUGUUCAGCAGUAGAACUUGGUGAACCACAGUGGAUCAAUUGUGAUAUCCGGAAUUUUAGAAUGGACAUUUUGGGACAAUUUGGAGUUAUCAUGGCUGAUCCUCCAUGGGAUAUUCAUAUGGAGUUGCCAUACGGGACAAUGGCUGAUGAUGAAAUGCGUACUCUUAAUGUUCCUGCACUGCAAACUGAUGGUUUGAUAUUUUUAUGGGUCACCGGACGUGCAAUGGAACUUGGUCGUGAAUGUUUGGACCUGUGGGGCUAUAGACGUGUUGAAGAGAUAAUUUGGGUGAAGACUAAUCAACUUCAGAGAAUUAUUAGAACGGGCCGGACAGGUCAUUGGCUUAAUCACAGCAAAGAACAUUGCCUUGUUGGAAUAAAAGGAAACCCCGAGGUCAAUAGGAACAUUGACACUGAUGUACUUGUAGCAGAGGUUCGGGAGACUAGUCGUAAACCAGAUGAGAUGUAUCCAUUGCUUGAGAGGAUAAGUCCAAGGACAAGAAAACUGGAACUCUUUGCUCGGAUGCAUAAUACUCAUGCUGGGUGGUUGUCACUUGGAAAUCAGCUCAGUGGAAAUCGCUUGGUAGAUGAAGGACUAAGAGCUAGGUUUAAAGCUGCAUAUCCAGAUGUUGAGAUCGAACCACUAUCACCUCCAAGGAGUUCCACUUUGGAUGUAGACCCUAGUGGUACCCAACCAAGAACACCCUUUUCAGGGGCUGAAACUACACCUGCACCACAGUCUUUUACUCAGGCUGCAGCUACAGAAAUAAAUUAUGUUUCAGAAGAAAAGCCUCUGGUUAAUCAAGAUGUUGAGAUGGUAAAAGCUGAUUAGUCUCAUACUCUCAAUUUUCAGUAUUUGUAUUCUUUGAAAGCAUCCUAUUGAGUUAUAUUAGGUACGGAGUAGAAUUUAGACAGGAGAUGGUUGAGUGAGCAAUACCAGAAAUUCACUAAGAUAAGGAUAAACAUGAUGAUGUCUCGAAAUACAGAAAUUUGAUAAUUUUAUAUUUAUUUAGGAUCCUUGCCCAA